AUGGGAAAACCUCGCAUGAUCAUUUUAAUCAGACAUGCACAAUCAGAGGGAAAUAAAAACCGCGAUAUUCACCAAACCAUACCCGAUCACAGAGUAAAGCUCACUCCUGAAGGCUGGACACAGGCUCAUGAAGCUGGUUUACAACUUCGAAAUCUCCUACGUCCAGAUGACACCCUCCACUUCUUUACUUCCCCCUAUCGACGAACCCGUGAAACUACAGAAGGUAUUCUGUCCACCCUGACCUCUGACUCCCCGAGUCCUUCACCAUUUCCCAGGCAUUCUAUAAAGGUGUACGAAGAGCCUCGCUUGCGUGAGCAGGACUUUGGUAAUUUCCAACCAUGUAGUGCGGAAAUGGAGAGAAUGUGGCAGGAACGAGCAGAUUAUGGGCACUUUUUCUAUAGAAUCCCUAAUGGAGAGAGCGCAGCGGAUGCAUAUGACAGAGUAAGUGGGUUCAACGAGAGUCUGUGGAGACAGUUUGGAGAUGAUGAUUUCGCAAGUGUCUGUGUUUUAGUGGAAUAUUUCGAAGAUCUCCGAAACGUCAAUCACUGCGAGUUCCUCAUCAUGCGCAAGUCUGACGAUUCUGGAAAAUACAUAUUAGAGAAUCAACUACGCACAUGGUCUCAGCUAAAACAGGAACGUCUUGCAAUUGCCGCCGCCGCCAAGACCUCUUCUUCGACGCCCGAAAAUGGGCAAAUAUCUGAAAAGGAUAAGGAAAAGGAGAAUAAAUUGCUAGUGGCAGGGCGCUCCCAUGUGGGACCUUCUAGCCCUAUACCAACACAUAAGAGAUGGGGUGGUUGUCCGAAUGGAUGCGACCAUGGAAAGCAUCACUACAAAAAAGAGAACUCCAUGCAUGCAAUGCAACUCAAUGGUCGCCCAAUCCUCUCAGCGUCUACUUCAUCAACACACAUAGAAACAAUUGCAUCCCGGCGACCGGCAGCACGUCGCUGGCAAUCUUCCUCCGAUGAAGACGAGGACGACCCCAGAGGUAAAGCGGGCCCGCCUGAAUUAGAUGUUCAAAAGAGUCUUGAGGAAACAGUUAGCAGUCCCGAUGGAACACCCAGUUUUAUCAGUCUAGAAGACCGAUUACGUAGUCGCAUUCAAAGUCCCAGUGAUUUGCUUGGCAUACGCCACGGUGGUAGAGAUGGAGGUGGAAGCGCUAGUGGUGCUAAUAGUGACGCCGAGUUCAGCGCAGAAGAAGAUGUUAGGAAAAGGCUAGCGAGGGCACGGAAUGCGAAUAAUACGUUGGGUAUCUCAGUGUUAUCGCGGAAAUUGACAAGAGAAGAAUCAAGUGGGAUGGGAAAGGGGGUCAAGGCUGAUGCUUUGGGGGAUCAAAGUGAUGAUGGAGAUGAUGAUGCUGGUGCACAGAGUGAUGAGGGUGGGGAGCCGAGCCCCGAACUCCUUGAGAUUCAACAAGCUGAAAAGUUGGACAAAAGUAUCAAGGGGAGCGUCUACUAA